UGCAACUCCAGUAUAUACAGAAAUCAAAUACGAUUUUUGCAAGCCUGGCCAUUCGAAUUGGAAUCCAACCAACAGUAAAGCGGAGUUGUAAACAAAAACAAUGAAACUGGAGGAGCUGCUGACCAAAGGAUCCUCCUCGCCGCCGGAGGACGACGACGAGGACGAGAAGGUGGAACUGAAGCCACAGAAGUCGAGCAGCGCCACUGCGGAUGAGGGGGCGGAGAACGCGGAGGAUGCGGCCGAGGAUGCUGGCGAAAAGGAAGGCGCGGGUGGCAAAAAGAAAGGCACGCGCAAGAAACGCUCACUCAAUUGGGAGGAGGCCGAACGGGGACUGCUGCUCGAGGUCAUCAAGUCCAAGGUGGCCUUCGUGGAGAACCGCAGUGUGGACGCCAAGAGCAUAAAGGCCAAGCGUCUGGCGUGGUCGCAGAUCACCAAGCAGUUCAACGCCCUCAACUUCCGCCACCGCCUGUUGGAGCAGAUCCAGGUACAGUGGCGCAGCAUGAAAAACUCCGCCAAGCGGGAGCACCAGCAGAAGCAUCCGAAGGCGGAGGCCCUCGAGGGCAUGCGCAUGAUCGAGUUCCUGGAGGAGAUGCAGAAGGACCCGGUCACCUCGCGCAGCCAGACACGCAGUGCCAACACCAACGGCGUCGUCAAGAAGGAGCUGCUGGACAUCGACGAGGACGAGGACAUGCCGCUGGCCGCUCUGCCCAACUCCACGAACGCCAGCGAGGACACGCUGCAGACCUCCACCAUAGCCAUCCCCUCGCCGCCGCCCUCCACCGCCGGCGGGGAUGGGGACUCGCAGCAGGAGGCCACUCCCGCCCAGCCGCCAGUCCAGCGCCGCAAGCGGGCCAAGGCCAAACCAUCGCCGUCGGGCGCCAAGACAGAAACGUCCGCCGAAACGGGGGAAGAGAACGAAAAAGGCGCAGCAUCACCGCGAAAACGCAGACAGAGGAAUCUUUCACAAGCCCAGUCGCUACUUUCCGACGAGAACGAGCCCUCCAACAGCGUAGCUCAGACCGGCUCGUUCCAGCAGCUCUCCCUGGGCGCCACACCAGCGGUGGACACGAAUAGCCAGCCAUUAGAUCUUGUUUCCGCCUCCGAGAUGGAGCAGAAGUACAAGCAGGAUCUGUUCCGGCUGCUGAAACAGGCCCGCCUGGCCGAGAUCGACUACGCUCGGCGGGAGCACGAGCAGAAGCUGCGCUUCGAGCAGAUGGAGCAGGAGGUCAAGAUGGCCUACUACCGGCAGGAACAGGACCUCAAGCUGCGGCACAUGCGCGAGGAGCACGACAUCCGGCUGCGGCAGCAGCGGCGGGAGCACGAGGCUCGCCUGGGAAUCUACUCGGUGAAGGGAUGCGGUCUGAACGGAAGCAUACAGGAACAGAGCUCAGCAAAGUGCAAUGCCAAAGCGGACUACAACAACGUCCACGAGGUCGGGCCAUCGACCAGUGCGGAGGGGGCGCUGGCGCCCAAUGCCGCCUGCAAUUAGGGGGCGUGGCCGUUGGUUCAUAUGCAUAUACAAUACGGAUUGCCAGCAAUUAGCGUGUAAGGGCAUUUAGAGGAAACAUCAACAGUACUUUAAAAUUUAGCUUGAAAUACGUUUAGCGAAAUGUAGCUCAUCCGGUUGGUUAGCCGGAAAUGCAGAAAUCCGGAUCCGGAAACGAAUACGAAUACUCAUCGACACACUCAAGUUGCCACACGGACAAAUGGACUGUUGUUUUUUGUGCAUUUCGCACCACACGAACUCACAGACAUUGCAUUUUCAAGAAAUUAGUAUUAUAAAUAUAAUUGUAUCGGUAUCUGUUAAGUAUUCCGGGCGAAGAGAACAAUUUAAAACGCGGUUGUGUCGUCGAACAGAAACAAAAUACUCAAGCACAGACGCUGAAUAAGUUCCCCUUUUGCAGAACGCAAUUUACUCAUCAGUCAGUAUUCUCUAUGGCCACUGUAUUAUUUUUAUAUAUUCAUUUUUUUAGUUUUAAGCUUUUUUUUACAUUACUACCAUUUAUACAUAGGGUAAAACCAAGCCGUAUAUAUGUAAAUCAAUGUAUGUUUGUUCAUACAUAAACGAGAAACUUUUAUAAUUCGUGUAAUCAUAAGUUACUGUACGUCGUGUUGUAUAGCGCUGUAAUAUCCUGUCACUUGCUUCAGCUUAAUAAAUGCCGUAUAUGGGGCGAGAGCAAGGAAAAAUUAAACCAUUAGAUAAUGAAAUACAAAUACAUAGUGUGUAAACAGUU